AUGCCAGCAUCCAAGAAAGAUUUUACAGAGAAUACCAACACUACCAAUAACACGACAACCACCAAUGGAGCCUCAUCAUCUCUCGGAGGAGGUGGUUCAGACAAAAAACUUGUUUCCUCUCAAUAUGAAGAUGAAGGAGAAGGAGCUCAUUUUGUCGAGGGAAUGCCCAUUGAUAAGACAAAAUUGACUCGGGCCGAUAUCAGAAUACUGCAUAAGGAUGAAGUAAAGCAAGCUCAAAAAGAACUUGCCAAAAUUCCUAAACCUGAGGUAUUUGCUAAUCAUUCAGAGUUGAGCUUUUUUGGUGCUUCGGGAACAGUAACUGGUUCCAAGCAUAUGGUUACGUAUGGAAGUUUGAACGUUUUGAUUGAUUGCGGAAUGUAUCAAGGAUUGAAAGAGCUCAGAGAGAGAAACUGGAAAGUUAUUUCAUCGUCUAGACCAGUAGAGACCAUGUGUGAUGCCAUUAUCAUUACUCACUCUCAUUUGGAUCACACAGGUUAUCUUCCAAGAAUGUAUGCUCUUGGAUUUAAUGGUCCAAUUUACAUGACUGAACAAACCUAUAAUUUGACAGAAUUGAUUUUACUUGACUCGGCUCGUCUUCAAGAAGAAGAUGCACAUUAUGCAAAUCGCAAAGAAACAACCAAGCAUGCAGUAGCUCUUCCAUUGUACACUGAAGAUGAAGUGAUGGGCGUCCUCAAAUUGGUUAGAAAGGUUAAAUACGGAGAACGAGUAGUGGUAAAAAGCAAGUUAGAAGAAGACAAAUUCUCAUUCAAGUUUUUCAAUGCAGGACAUUUAUUGGGAUCCUCUUUCGUUGAAAUUACUUUCCCCACACAAGAAAAGGUCAUAUUUUCUGGAGACUUGGGAACGUUUAAAACUCUGUCACCAAUGCAACAACAUCCACAUCUUCCAUUAGGAGCAGAUUAUGUCGUUUGCGAAGCCACAUAUGGAGGAAAGUCUCACGUCGAUUUUGCAACUGGAAAAGCAGCAGAAGAUAUCAAUUAUGUGAUUGAAACCAAAGUCAAACCAGUGUUGAAACAAGCCGUGCAACAUAUUGUCGACAACGAUGGUAUCAUUCUUAUUCCUGCAUUCGCUAUUGGUCGUUCUCAAACUAUUGCCUAUUACCUCCUUAAAAUGAUGAGAGAUAAGGAAAUACCAACACUACCAGUGCACAUGAACAGCCCCAUGUCGGUUGAAGCCUUAGAUUUUUAUCAGCAACAUUUAUUGGAGGAGCAUCAAAAAGAUGCUCACGAAUUACUCAAAGAUGUCAUUUGUCACAACAGCUCGAAAGAGUCGAAAGAAUUGCAUCAAAAGAUUAAGGAUGGCUACUCUAAAUGCAUCAUCAUUAGUAGCAGUGGUAUGAUGACUGGUGGUCGUUGCUUGUUCCAUUUUGAAGACUUGGCUCCCCAUGAAAAGAAUGUUGUGCUAAUUAGUGGUUUCCAAGCUGAAGGUACCAGAGGAAGAGAUUUGCUUAAUGGAGUGAAAAACAUCAAAUUACACGGAAAAACAGUCAAUGUCAAAUGCCAAAUUAUGCAAGUGAGUGGAUUAUCUGCUCACGGUGAUACGGAAGAUGUUAUCAAGUGGAUUGAGGCUGCAAAGAAACCAAAGCCAAAAAUGGUCUUUGUCGUUCACGGGGAACCAACCUCUCUUCGUAAAAUGGCUCGAGAAAUUUGUUGUGAAUUGAACCUUAAUGCUCUUGUUCCAAAGAGAGGUACAACAUUCCACAUGAAAACCGAGGCACUUGUUUGUCAAAGCAGAAGAUCAAGUAUUGCCUCAACAACCACGAGUUUACAAGAUAUGAUCAGUAGUAAUUUACCUGAGAUGCCUCAUAUUGGUCGAACCAAAGCUGUCAAUUUCAUGUAUGCUGGAAUUAUUUUAAUUGCAUUAAUUGCUUUUAUUUUGAGAUUCUUCUAA